AACAUGGGUUUGCUUAAAGUUUUACUAUCAGCCGAUUUCGAACAAGAAUCGUACCCAACGUAUGAAGAUUUUUUAGUCCUUCCUGUGUUUGCUAUGUUCUUCCUAACUGUACGAUUUUUCUUGGACAGAUAUGUUUUCGAGGAUAUUGGAAGGCGGUUAAUAUAUGGAAAAGAAGUCACAAAGCUAGACGUCGAGACAAAAGUAGGAAAUAUAAAGAUAAGAAAGUUCAAAGAAUCAGCAUGGAAAUUUGUUUAUUAUCUUUCAGCAGAAAUCCUAGCUUUGGCUGUAAUUCAUGACGAGCCAUGGUUCACAAAAACCAGCCACUUUUGGAUUGGUCCUGGCAACCGUAGAUGGCCUGAUCAGCAAGCAAAAUUAAAAUUGAAAUGUUUAUUCAUGUACACGGGUGGCUUCUACAUAUAUUCCAUCUUUGCUUUGAUAUUCUGGGAAACAAGACGAUCUGACUUUGGUGUGUCAAUGAGCCAUCAUGUUGCAACCAUCUUUCUCAUCAUGAUGUCUUAUAUCAGCCGGUGCGUUCGUGUUGGUUCAAUCAUCUUAGCUCUUCAUGAUGCCAGUGACGUGUUUCUUGAAGUAGGAAAGAUGUCUAAAUACAGCGGCGUAGAAGGACUAGCAAGUUUUUCAUUUAUAUUAUUUGUGUUUUCAUGGAUAGUUCUGCGCCUUAUAUAUUUCCCUUUUUGGAUCCUGUGGAGUACAAGUUAUGAAGUUGUUCCGUUAAUGGAGAAAAAGAUGUAUAAUACAAUGGGACCAAUCUACUACUAUUUGCUCAACACCCUUCUUUUCUUUUUGCUUGUUCUUCACAUAUAUUGGUGGGUGCUUAUAUAUCGAAUGCUUGUUAAACAAAUCCAAGCUAGAGGCAAAGUUAGUGAAGAUGUUCGUUCAGAUUCUGAUAGCGAUAACGAACAUGAAGAUUGAUCAAUGAGAAGAUAAUUCCGUUUAGUUUGUCAUUUGAGGGGCA